GGCCACCUGGGCAAGUCCUUACCGAGCGUUGAUGUAUCAGACCGAAUGUUGGAGGGGAAUAUAGUCAUGCCCCAAUUGGGCAAUGCGACUGCUAAAGCCGAACUUGGACGCGCAUCUUGGAGAUUGUUGCAUACAAUGAUGGCUAGGUUUCCAGAAAGUCCGUCGAAAGAGGAGCAGGAUGCGUUGCGAUCAUAUAUCUAUCUAUUUGCGAGGUUAUAUCCAUGUGGUGAAUGCGCCGAACAUUUUCAGCAACACUUGAAAAAGUUCCCCCCUCAGGUAUCCUCUCGCAAUGCUGCUGCCGGAUGGGCGUGCCAUGUCCACAAUGAAGUCAACAAGAUGUUGAAGAAAGACGAGUUUGAUUGCACAAAGUUGGGAGAUUUUUACGACUGUGGCUGUAGCGACAAGCAUGAAGAUGAAGGGAAGCCGAAGCAGAAAGGAGAAAUACCAGCAGGUAGAUUGAAUCAAUUGACGAACCUUGGACGGGAGUUUAACACUGACGCGCUGCUGCCAGUUGAAAUCAGUGCUGAGCCGCAAACAAAUGGAUAAAUGAAUCCUUUUGUCCUUUUUUUCUUGUACUUUUAACGAGAUGUAUCACCAUUACGGCAUCCGUAAUUUAGGGUUGGGCAGGACAUUUGAAACCAGGCUACGCAAGGAGCUGGAACCGUUUUGUCUUAAAUACGGGCGGGAAGAGUUGUAUUCGGAUCGUUGCUCUAAUUUAAGAGACUGGAAUGAGCGUGAGGAAAUGGCAUUAUGUGGUCAGGUUGUUGGAUAUAGUCGACAUGGCCACUGAUCCCAAUAUCCGGUUCACAUCUGGCAGACACUACUGCAACAUGAUUAGUAUCAGGAAUGCCACUCCCAAGAACGGUGUUUUUCGGGAACCGAAUGUCAAGGAAACGAUAA